AAAUUCUUGAACCUCGCCCGACGCUUCGGCGUUUCGUACCGUGAAUUGUGAACUUUCGUUACUCUCUAACUUUUAUUCAGUAAGAGGUUUUACCUCUGAAACGAUUGACGGUGGUUUCUUUCUUACAAAGUAAAGGAUGGCGUUACCGCAGAAUUACAAACAAGUGGCCAUGGCGUCGUCAAAUGUUGUUUCUAGCAAUCAGCGAUUACGAGCUUCCGGUGCCAGCGGUAGUUCUAGUACAGGGAAAGAUGCGCAGACCCCUUUUAUUCAAACACCUCAUGGACAUCCUGGAUUUACCCCACAGAAAGUCGGGAAAAACGCACCGGCGGAUUCCCGGCUGCCAAAACCACCGAAACCUCCAGAGAAACCAUUGAUGCCGUACAUGAGAUACAGCAGAAAAGUCUGGGACCAAGUGAAAGCUCAAAAUCCUGAGUUAAAACUAUGGGAGAUAGGGAAAAUAAUCGGGCAGAUGUGGAGAGACCUACCGGAAGAUGAGAAAACUGAAUUCAUCGAAGAAUACGAAGCAGAAAAGGUUGAAUAUGAAAAAAGCUUAAAAACUUACCACAAUUCGCCUGCAUACCUUGCGUAUAUUGCUGCAAAAAAUAGGGGGAAAUCUGUGUUAUGUGCAGCCCAACAAAAUAGCGAUGAUCGAGAAACCCACGAGCGUUCCUCUGGAAGCAGUAAAAGUCAGGCAGCCCAAGACCGAAGGAUAGACAUACAACCGGCAGAAGAUGAUGACGAUCAAGAUGAUGGAUAUUCGGUCAAGCACGUUGCAUAUUCUCGAUACACCCGCAAUCACAGACUGAUAAAUGAGAUCUUUAGCGACACCGUUGUACCAGAUGUGCGUUCUGUAGUUACUACUCAAAGAAUGCAAGUUCUACGACGCCAAGUACAGUCACUCACAAUGCAUCAGAAAAAAUUGGAAGCCGAGCUGCAACAGAUUGAAGAAAAGUUUGAAGCAAAGAAACGUAAAUUCAUUGAAGCCAGCGAAGUGUUUCAAGAUGAAUUAAAGAAACAUUGUAAGCCUGCAGUAGAUGAAGAUGCAUUCAAUAAAAUGGUUGAGCGUCAAUAUGAAUUAUUACGAAGAGACAGACAGAAAGGUACAGAAGAAAAUCGAUCUGAUGGCCCAGCUUCAAGUGAAUCAACACCGAAUUCCACUCCAACGCCAACUCCGGCCCCAGUUAGCGAAGAAUCUCAACCUGAGAUUACAGACAGCGAACCAUCAGAAAAGAAAAGCAUGGAUGUGGAUAAGCCUAUCGAAACGAAAAAAGAAACACUUUCGCCGCCAUAUACAGAAGUAAAAACUGAAACAACGAUGCAAGCAAAUAAUCACUCUCCGCAGAGGUCUUCACCUGUGACAUAUCCAGGAGCAGUGAGCCCUAUCCAGCAGACACCCGUUACUACCGCUACAAGCAUACCCCCACCCCAGCCUUCUACUCCACCAACCAUUGCUCCUGUACUUGUGCCAGCACAGCCACCACCACUGCUACUACAACAGCAGCAACAACAUCAUCAACAACAACAACAGCAGCAGCAACAACAGCAGCAGCAGCAGCAGCAGCAACAACAACAGCAUCAGCAACAACAACAACAGCAGCAGCAGCAACUACCACCGCUACCUCAGCCGCAACCUCAAACUCAACCUCAACCUCAAUCUCAACUUCAACCUCAACCUCAACCUCAACCUCAACCUCAACCUCAACCUCAACCUCAGCAGCAGCAACAGCAACCUCAACCUCCUCCGUCCCAUACCCCCCAUCAACAAAACGUUCUUCCCAAUCAUUCGAUUCCUCCUCAUCAGAAUCAUACUCUACCCUCUCAAGCGACACCUCCGCACAAUCAAAACAUGCCGCCCCAGACAAUGUCAUCUCAAAAUGCAAUGCCACCGAACCCUCACGUCAACUCAAUGAUACCCACGGGUCAGAGUUACAAUCAGCAGUACCAACCAGCUGGAGGUCAGCAAGCUCAGAAUGUUCCGUUGGCUCCAAGACCGCCACAUCCUUCCUAUGCGUAUUCUCAACAGCAGCCGUACCAUCAACCUUAUCCUCAGUAUGCUCAUCCCUAUUACCAAUCUUAUUCUCAGUACGCUCCCCAUUCUAUGGGUAGACCACAUUCUCACGGUCCACACAGCCCUCAUAGUCCGCAUUAUCAUCCUCAAUCACCCCACAAUGUUGGAGAUGGCAAUUCAGGUUCUAACGUUGGCUCUGAUUCCGGCGCUUCGUAUACUUCGACACCUAUUCACAGCGACAGAGAUCGACCCCCCGAAAACCAGGCGGACAAUCAACAAAUGGAUUCUAAAUCUGGAUCCGGAUAAAUCCACGAAUCUAGUUUGUAAGCUAUUUUCAAACAAAACAACCUUUUUAUUGAUAACUGUAUUGGAGUGGUGUUUAGUUUCGGAAAACUUAUAAUUGUCGGUAGCGAUAUCGUAUUUUUGUCAUUAUACUAGUUUACUCUGAUUUAUGGUUAUAUAACGCUGGCUACAUACUGAUUAAUGUAGGUUAAAUUAAUCCAGUAUUUUAUCAUUAUUCACACCAUAACUAAGUAAUACUUUUAAAAACAUACAUAUGACCCAGCUAAUCUUUUCCUGGAGCGUUUUCUCAAUGUUGAAACGAUUUCUUAACAAUAAUUGCUGAUUAUCGUUGGAGCUGAUCAAUAUGGUAAUAGAAAUAAAGACUUUGUCUAUAAAACUGGA